UGCAAGAAAAUAAAGUUUACAAACUUGCAAGGAAGUGUGGUGAAGUUCCUGAAAAUCUUCCUACUAUUCUUCAAAAUUCUGAAAUUGCUGCUCUUGUUUUAAAAUAUCUAAAAAGAGACGACGAAAUGCCAGCACUUUUAAUUGAUUGGAAUGACUCUGGAUUUAAUGAUACUGCCACUCCAAAUUUACGUAAUGGCGUUGCAGGGCAAACCAAAGCAGCUAUAGUUGCAGAUUUGGUUGCAGGUGAUUCUUUAGCAUUUGCUCAAUUCUAUUAUUCUUUUUCAAAAAGGGCUAAAAAUCAAGCUGGCGUUCCCAAUGUCUAUAAUGUGGUUAUAAGAAUCAAUAAAGUAUCACCAAUAAUAGCUUUAGUUUUAACUUAUUCGACUAUUCAAGUUCGUUUAACCAAUAGAGAGGAUUUAAAUUUGACUAUUGUGUGGGCUACAGGUGUUUAUCCUUUUGAAAGUGAAGAUCAUGAAUUGGAUUUGGUGUUGUUUGUUCCAAUAAAAGAUGAUGAGAAAGAUUCUAAUACUCAGGCAAUAUUUGUAAAGGAUGAGUAUUAUUGUAUUGCUGGAAAAGUUGUGCCCAAGAUUUUUAACAAUAAUUUUAAAUUGAAGAUAACUGUUUUAACUUCUACUCAUAUUACUAUUAGGAGAGAUCUUGGUUCUAACAGGUGUCCUUUAAAAGUUUUAUUGGUGGGUGUUGCUCAAGAUAUAAUGAGAGAGUUUAACAAAGAAGAUGCGAUUGUUAAUGUUUUGGUUGAUGUUCCUUUUGCAUCUAAAAGAAAAGUUUCAGAUUCUUUUAGAUUGCCUAUUGUUGAUUUAACUACUAUUGAUAGUAAUUCUUUAAAGCAUAAGAGAGUGGUAGAUGGUUGUACUGAGUAUGUUGUUUCUUCUAUCAGUGGUUGUUGUUCAUAUAAGCAUGUUAGGGUUGACGACGAAGCUGAUGAUUAUGUUGAGUAUGUUGAUUCAGAUUGUAGUGAUAAUAAAUGUAUUAGCAAAAGUAUUAAUAAGUGUGCAGAAAGGAGCAGUGAAUGUAGUGGAAAUGUUAUUUUUGAAGAUAAAGACAAAUUUAGUUAUGAUAAUAAGAUGAAUAAGGGUAAAGAAAAGAAGGUUCAGCCUACAGUGCAUAAUACAAGACAUAGAACUAAGUUUUAG